UUUUUCUUAAAUUGUUUGCAAAAAAUAUUAAUAAAAUUUUUCACAAAACUGAUGGAGACGCCUAGUCUUUCGUAAAAUCAGCUGGCUUUUGGAAAAUGCAAAAAAUCAUCGUUUUGUACGCUGUGAAAACUACACCAUCCAAGUAACCAAACAGAGCAGAGAACAGUUGUUUUUUACCACUCCGGCCUUAGUAUGAAGCUAACGGAACAGGAUCUCCAUCUUUUGGAGUUCGCUUCCUACGACGACUACCUCAACUCGCUGAUCGAUGGCAAAAGUCUCCAAUAUUUCGGUAAUCGGGAAAAUUUAAUCAGUCUUUACCGGACGGGCUACAGAGCACUCACGAAGGAAGCUUUCGACGCCCAGCGAACGUUUCUGGAGGUGACGAAGGACCCGAACACACUGUUCAGCCGUCACAUUGCCCCGAAGGAUCGAUUCCUGCAAGAGAUCGCCAAACGUGAGCGCCCAAAUCGGUUGGGUUUGCUUUCGACCAUCAUCUACAUGCGGUACGUGAAGAAGGCGACCGAAAUCUCGGGCUACAUUGACUACGAGGAGGCGCUGCGCCGGGUGCACCAGGACCAGCAGUACUCGAACGAUUGGCGCGCGAUCUUUGCGGAGGAAAGGGUGCUCUACCCGACGCCCGCCGACCUGCUGUACUACAACGCGAAGACGGGCCGCAGCAUGCGGAACAACACGCGCAACUAUCAGAUCCUGUGCGACCCGGCCCGGGGCAUCAUCUUUCGCAACAUGUACGACCGGAAGGACAUCUAUCCGGACCCGGUGGCCCGCUCGUACGGCACCAACACGAGCCGGAUCGAGCUGGCGAGCGAUCUGUACGAGCAGGUCGUGCUGUACGAUCAUGUCGUGCGGAAGAACUACUGAAACCGGAAGGAAGCUAAUCCGCGCUGUGACGUCCUCUAUUAACGCCGAGAUAGAGAAAAAUCGCUGAGAAAUAUGGAACCUAAACAGAACUUGUAUUGGUUCCAGAACUGAUUCAAAACUCAUACCGUUCGAGGAGAACUGAUACUGAUUCCAUUCCGUUCCACUGAUCCUAUACAUCCUAUAAUUCCUAUAAAUGAUCCCGAUUCCAUCCUGAAGCCUGGAACUGAUCCUGAACUCACGCUGUUACUGAAACUGAUACUGUCCAAUACCGGCCUUGGAACAAAUUACGUACCCGAAUUGGUCCUGGAACUAAGCCUGCACCCAUACCAGUCCUGUAACUAAUCCUAAAUCCACACAAAUACAAAACCUUUACCAGCACUGGAAGUGAUC